UUGCUAACCGGGAUCGGGGUCGGCAGCGGGGCCAGGAGCACGAAGCCAGGGGGCGCAGCGUUGCAGAGAUGCAGAUCUUUGUGAAGACCCUGACGGGCAAGACUAUCACUCUUGAGGUCGAACCCAGUGAUACUAUCGAGAAUGUCAAAGCCAAAAUCCAGGACAAGGAAGGUAUCCCUCCAGAUCAACAACGUCUGAUUUUUGCUGGAAAACAGCUAGAAGAUGGCCGGACUCUCUCCGACUACAACAUCCAGAAAGAGUCCACUCUGCACUUGGUGCUGCGUCUUCGAGGAGGCAUCAUUGAGCCUUCCCUUCGCCAGCUGGCCCAGAAGUACAACUGUGACAAGAUGAUCUGCCGCAAGUGUUACGCCCGCCAGCGCAAUCAGUGUCAACUAAGGAACUCCAUGACUUGGGUCUGGAGAAGAUGGGAAUACCCCAAUAAAUAACUUUACUGGCAGGGA